AUGCCUCCGAAACGGCAUCUCAAUGCUUGUCUCCUACCAUACAACCAUGGCAAAACUCGUCUGGGACUUGGAGGGGCGGCAAAGGACCAAACCCGUCAAGUCAAUAUCUUACACAGGGUAACUCCGAUUUUGCCACAUUCUCUAUUUGAUCUAACGCGACGACCUGCAGCUGCUGGACUUGCCGAAAACGCCGGAUUAAAUGCGAUGAAAGGCCCAUUGGCUGCAAGACAUGCCCUAACACCAGCAGGCGGCGCAUUCGGUCAGGUCCGUAUGGAAAUCUUCGAGUUGCAUACCCAUGCGCAGGAGAAGCAGAUACUGAUGGCAGAGGCUUAG